UGAGGAGGCCCCAGCUCCCAAGGGGCUGAGAAGCUGGAGCAUUGGUGAGGGAGGAGAAGUGGAGCCAGACUCUUGCAAGACCCCCUGCACGCCCCACCCCACCCUCAGGAAACAUGAACAGGAAAGACUGCAAGAGGGGGGAUCCCCACAGGAAGUCUCAGCAGGAAUGCCCGGGAAAGACAGGAGGACGGGGCCGGCCCCGACCAGCCCGUCGCCACAAGACAUGCCCCAGUCCCCGGGAAAUCAGCAAGGUCAUGGCUUCCAUGGCCCUGGACAUACUGAAAGAGGGUGGCUGCAGUGAAGAUGAACUGCUGGAGAAAUGCAUUCAGUCUUUCGACUCGGCUGGCAACUUGCGCCGUGGGGAGCACAUUCUCAACAUGGUACUUGCCAUGCACAGUUGGGUGCUGCCUUCUGCCCGCCUUGCUGCCCGUCUCCUGACAUUGUACCAGGAGGCCACAGGAAACACACAGGAGCUGAGGCGGCUGCAGAUCUGUCACUUGGUCAGGUACUGGCUGACCCAACACCCUGAGACAGUGCACCAGCAGCCCCAGGUAGAAGAGGUUAUAAGUCGCUUCUGGGCCACUGUGGAGCAGGAAGGCAACUCAGCCCAGAGGAGCUUGGGAGGUUCCUCCAACCACCUGAGCCCCGGUGGCCCUGGCCCCCCACCCUUGGUGAGCAGCCCAGGUCUGGGCAAAAAGUGCAAAGUGUCCUUGCUUUUCGACCACCUGGAGGCAGAGGAGCUGGCUCAGCACCUCACUUACCUGGAGUUCCGGUCCUUUCGGGUUAUCACGCCCCAGGACCUGCGAGACUACGUUUUACAGGGCUCCGUGCAGGGCUGCUCGGCCCUAGAAGGAUCUGUAGGUCUCAGCAACAGCGUGUCCCGCUGGGUGCAGGUCAUGGUCCUGAGCCGUCCAGGGCCCUCGCAGCGUGCACAGGUGCUAGACAAGUUCAUCCAUGUGGCACAGAGGCUCCGCCAGCUGCAGAAUUUCAACACACUGAUGGCAGUCACUGGGGGCCUGUGUCAUAGUGCCAUUUCCAGGCUCAAGGACUCCCAUGCUCACCUGAGCCCUGACAGCACCAAGGCCCUGCUAGAGCUGACUGAGCUACUUGCUGCCCACAACAACUACUCCUGCUAUCGCCGGACUUGGGCUGGCUGCACAGGAUUCCGGCUGCCUGUGCUGGGUGUGCACCUCAAGGACCUGGUGUCCCUGUAUGAGGCCCAGCCAGACAGGUUCCCUGACGGCCGCCUGCACCUUCCCAAGCUCAACAGCCUAUACCUGCGGCUGCAGGAGCUGGCAGCCCUCCAGAAGCAGCAACCUCCCUGCACUGCCAAUGAGGACCUGCUACAUCUGCUCACGCUUUCCCUGGAUCUCUUCUAUACGGAAGACGAAAUCUAUGAGCUUUCUUACGCCCGGGAGCCUCGCUGUCCCAAGAGUCUGCCACUCUCCCCCUUCAAAGCACCCCUGGUGGUGGAAUGGGCCCCUGGUGUGACACCCAAGCCCGACAGGGCCACCCUGGGUCGGCAUGUGGAGCAGCUGGUGGAGUCUGUGUUCAAGAAUUAUGACCCUGAAGGCCGAGGAACCAUCUCUCUGGAGGACUUUGAGCGACUCUCAGGCAACUUCCCCUUCGCCUGCCAUGGGCUCCACCCACCCCCCCGCCAGGAGAGUGGCUCCUUCAGCCGAGAGGAGCUGACAGAGUACCUGCUCCGGGCCAGCGCCAUCUGCUCCAAGUUGGGCCUGGCCUUCUUGCACACCUUCCAUGAGGUCACCUUCCGCAAGCCCACCUUCUGUCACAGCUGCAGUGGUUUCCUCUGGGGUGUCACCAAGCAAGGCUACCGCUGUCGGGAUUGCGGGCUGUGUUGCCACAAACACUGCCGAGACCGAGUGAAGGACGAGUGUAAGAGACCAGGGACCAAGGGCGAUAUGGGCCCCCCAGGAGCCCCCGUCCCACCCACACCAACACCCCAUGCCAGCUGUGCAGGCCCUGAGGACAGUCUUUCCUGCACACUCCCCCUGGAACCUGAGGCGGGCCGCCACCUGUGCCAUGCUUGGACACAGACAGAGCCCCCACUCCCUUCCUGGGAACCAGAGACGGUUCCCCUCCCAAUGACGGCCUCGCCACCCAGCCAGUCCUCCGAGCCGAACUCCUAGAUGUUGCCUCGGUCUCUCCACCCCCUCCCCACAGAGCCAGGCCCCGGGGCAUGUUAUUCAGCCUCUAGCAGGACUCCCA